GGGAGUUGUAGUAUUUUACAGCCUCGAUCCAACGGGAAAAACUUUCUGACAAUUUUCAUCUAAAAGAAAAGGGACUCUUUGGGAGCCAGGAUCAGCCAGGCAGGGGAUCUGGACCUGCAGUCACACCCACCCAGGAUGCUCUGAGCUGGGAUACAUCUGCUGCUGCUUCCCCUCAGCACUGAGAUGGCGUCGGCAACGUCCAGCCAAGCUCCCGUCUCUUUGGGCUCCCAGGUUCAUGCAGCAGCUGUCAACGGGGAUAAAAGUGCCCUCAGCAAACUAAUCACAGCGGAGCCCUCGCUGAGGGACCAUGAGGACCAGUUUGGACGCACCCCUUUGAUGUACUGCGUGCUGGCCGAUCGCCAGGACUGUGCAGAGAUUCUGUUAAAGGCCGGUGCUUCGGUCAACAAGGCGGACCACAGCCAAAGAACCGCUCUGCACCUGGCCUCACAGAAGGGGAAUGUACGUUUCCUCAAGCUGCUGCUGUCCAAAGGUGCCAACUGGCUGCAGAAAGAUUUAGAAGGAAUGACUCCACUCCACCUGGCCACCCGUCACCCCUCUCCCAAAGCCCUCGCCCUGCUGCUCAAAUACAUCGGACCUGGAGAAGUCGACACACAAGACAAGAACAAGCAAACCGCUCUUCACUGGUCAGCAUUUUAUAACCGUCCAGAGCACGUACGCCUCCUGAUCAAGCAUGAUUCCAACAUAGGCAUACCAGACAGCGAAGGAAAGAUUCCUCUGCACUGGGCAGCGCACAGCCAGGAGGCCAGCGCCACGCAGACCGUGCGCUGCAUACUGGAAGCAGCACCCACUGAGUCCCUUCUGAACUGGCAGGACUAUGAGGGUCGGACGCCCCUGCACUUUGCUGUUGCCGAUGGUAACGAGGCAGUAGUGGAGGUGCUUACAUCGUAUGAGGGCUGUAACGUGACAGCCUAUGAUAACCUCUUCAGAACGCCGCUGCACUGGGCAGCUCUGCUGGGCCAUGCCAAGAUCGUCCACCUGCUGCUGGAGAGAAACACAUCAGGUACGAUUCCCUCAGACAGCCAGGGAGCAACACCACUGCACUACGGGGCUCAGAGCAACAACGCUGAAACAGUCGGUGUGUUUCUGUCCCAUCCAUCUGUGAAAGAUGAACCCGAUCUGGAGGGCCGAACGGCGUUCAUGUGGGCGUCUGGGAAGGGCAGUGAUGACGUAAUCCGCACCAUGCUCGCCCUCAACCCGCACAUUGACAUCAACAUGGCCGACAAGUAUGGCGGCACCGCGCUCCAUGCGGCCUCCCUGUCAGGGCACGUGAGCACAGUGAGGUUGCUGUUGGAGAAAGGAGCAAUGGUCGACUCUCUGGACGUUAUGAAGCAUACGCCGCUGUUCCGCGCCUGUGAGAUGGGUUACAGAGAUGUCAUACUUACCCUCAUCAAAGGUUCUGCUCAUGUUGACCUGGUGGAUGUGGAUGGUCACACUGCUUUACACUGGGCUGCUCUAGGAGGGAACGCUGAGGUCUGCCAGAUACUGAUGGAGAAUGCCAUUAGUCCAAAUGUUCAGGAUCAUGCAGGACGAACUCCACUCCAGUGUGCUGCGUAUGGGGGUUACAUCACCUGCAUGGCUGUUCUCAUGGAAAACAACGCAGAUCCGAAUAUACAGGACAAAGAGGGCCGGACCGCUCUCCACUGGUCUUGUAACAACGGCUACCUGGACGCUGUGAAACUACUGCUGGGCUACAAUGCAUUUCCUAAUCAAAUGGAGCACACAGAGGAGAGGUACACCCCUCUGGACUAUGCUCUGCUGGGGGGACACAGUGAGGUCACUCAGUUCAUGCUGGAGAAUGGCGCUCUGUCUAUAGCUGCCAUUCAAGACAUUGCUGCCGCCUCCAUCCAGGCUGUCUACAAAGGCUACACCGUCCGCAAGGCCUUCAGGGAGAGGAAGCAGCUCCUCAUGCGGCACGAGCAGCUGCGCAAGGAUGCAGCCAAGAAGCGAGAAGAAGAACAGCGUAGGAGAGGAGCUGUGCAGCAAGUUUCUGUGACCACCACAGAGAAGCGAAAGAUCUCACUGGUGAGAGCUGAGCAGGAAAAGCUCCCCUUAGACAACAUUAUAGAGGAUCUUACAAUCAAUGAUGCGUUGGUGGAAAAAAAGAAAUUAUCCAAAGCUGAACGUGCAAAGAGAAAAGAGGAAAGACACAGAGCCCAGAAGAACAAGUCCUCGAGAAAGAUGAUUGCAGAUGAACAUCAUGAGGUUCCUGAAGUUCUGACCUGCAACUCUCAUGCGGAUAGUUACACAAUGUCUGAUGUGUCUCAGACCACCAGGUUGAAGGAACUUCUGUCUCCUGCUGGCCACAGUGAGCCACUCGGCCUAAAACCCACACCUCCUACAGCGCCCAAAGUCAAGGACAGAUGCCCCUCAAACACAUUGACUCCUUCCACACCCGUGUCCAUUACGGACCACACUGAACCAUAUACCAAAGCAUGCACCCCCCUGAAAAAGAGAGACUUUCACAUGAGAGUACACGCCACCUCUGGCAAGACUGAUGCCCAUGCUCAUCCCCAAAAGCACAGACACCACAAGGAGCAGACUUCAGAGAGGGCCACUGUCAAAGAUCAAACACGUGCUUCGUUAAGAACCAGUUCAUCAUCAGAUCACAAAAGGCUCUCGAGGAAAAGUCAGUCUGGCCCACAUGCCAAAAUGCCAACAUCCAUGCAGAGGGACCAUGACAAAGAGCAGGUCAGGAGGAGAAAUGAGGCUGCACGCAUCAUCCAGCGAGCCUGGCAGAGGUUCUGUGCACGCAGAGGGAGCGAGAUGAAGGACCGCAAAAAGGUGGAGUCAAGUGAAUCAACCUAUGCUCAUAACAGGAACAGGAAAAUGGAAAACAGAUCUCAGCUCUCCAAACUAGCACAGAGUAAAAGCUCGGUGCUAAAAGUCAUCUAUGGCAACUCUAUGGCCAGACGAGGGCGAUCAUUUCAGGGCUCUCAAUCCCAGCUGUUUUUGGACGUCCCUCUACGCACCCAGAGCCAGUUGAGUGGACUAGACUACGUGCAGCUGACUGAUGCAGCGAAUCAGGCGAAGCAGUUCUCCUACCACCUGAGACCACACAGCGCAGGACAGGGGAUGCGGGGACGAGGGAAACAUUGAACACACACACAAACACACACCAUGUUCUUUGGUGUUUUCUCAGCUGGCUGGCAGGUUAGCUCUAUAGAAUUACUCCACACAAUGUUCGCUCGAUGUGCCAAGCUUUCUAAAAUUAAGUCGUAUGACAUCAGAACCAUGACCUCACAGGGUGGGGUUAAGUCUACAGAAAUGGCAUGUGUAAAAGAUAACCUUUCAUCCAUUGUGGAAGGAACGCAUACACACUCCUUGUCCCGCGUUCUCCAUUGCUCUUGCACACACACUGAGAUAACCUUUCCUCCUGUUGUGUAGAAUGAGGCGGUCUAUCAACAGCCGGUCAUACAGAUAGCCCACCUGCAGCCACCAACACACGCACACACACAUUCCUGCUACACAUCAGUCUUUGAGUGUGUUCCCUCUCAAGAGAAAUAUGUAUUUCUGAACUAAGCUCUUUUUCAAUCUUAUUUGGCAAAAAAAAAAAAAGUCUAAUUUUAUAAACACAUACCUCAUUGUUUCUUGUCAAUUGCAUAU